AACUUUGUUACUCUGAAUGUUUUUGUGGUUAUUCCACCACUGCUUAGUUUGGCCUUACAGGUAUUACAAAGUGCAAGCUUGCAUCUUCUUCAGUCACUGUGAAGAACUACCAGCAUGUUGUGUCUGUGACUGUGUCUGUGAUUGUGUCUGUGCUGCUGUGUGCACUAUGUGAACCAGUUGAAAGGUCAUCAGUAAUGGCCAAUCAAGCCGGCUGAUUGAUCACUGCAUCUUUAUUAUUUUUAUUCUAUAUUAUUACUGUUGGGCUUUGUAUACACGCUUGCUUUGAAAUGAGCAACAGCCAAAUUAACGGUCUGUGCUUUUAGGUAAUGUAUAGUUUGUCAAGGUUGAGUGAGGAUUUAACUAGAUGCCCAAAUAACCCCCUCUAUCUCUUGGCUUGGAUUCAAGCCACUGCUUGUUAAUGGGAUUCAUUAGGCUGCCUUGCUCAUUUGAUAGACAAAUAGCUGGAGUACUUUAUAUCACCUGCUAGUGAAAAGGAGGGCAGUAAGGCUAAAUAAAUCUGCAUUAAGUUGUAACACAGAUCUUUUGCUGCUUCAGACCUGUUUACAUGUCUUUUUAUUGUCUUUUUUUAAACCAUGAGUAGCAUUUAUUACAUUGUCAGACGCAAUUAGUUUCUAUAGUGGACAACUGCAAUAAAACAUUAGAAGUAGUCUGGACUGGACACACUUCAUCCCCUGUCUGCCUCCUGCAGCCUGCCUGUGUUGCAGUGUGUACUGCCUCUUGAACAAUCAAUAGGCAGCCAACAUCAUUCCAGCGUCAUCUCCAUGGAAACGAGCUCUGGUCGCGGUAAUGAUUGGGCCCCGUCUCAAAGACUGCCUUUUUGUGAUAGGACGAUUGAAGCAGUCCUCCCUACCCCCUCCUCUCAGCGACACUCGCCUCCUUACACACACACACACACACAAAAACACACACACACACACAUUUUUCCCUUCGUCCUCUUUCUUCACCUUUAUGGCGCUGCAAGCGAGAUAGGAUUAAGCAGCCCUGUCGAGUCUUGUCGCAUCUGGAUCAUACGCUUUUUGUCACAGCCGCAUCAAUGAGGAUGGACUCGCGGCUGAAGAGUCAACAUGCCACCCGCAGCCCAGUCUUUCUGAGAGAUUGGCAACUGGAGGGGAGACCUGUUAGUUAAAUCCUUUUCUGGUAUUUCUUUCUCCAUCGCACAUCUCUUCUUGUUUGCUAUCUCAGCUGGGCCUACACAUGCUCUUUCAGCGCUAUGUAGGACAGGAGCUGGAACCGUUUGUAUUUUUCAUGGUCUGGACAAGCACCUAUGAAAAAGCCCAGACGACAGAGCGGUAAGGCAUGAUGAAACAUGCUGUAUCAGAGCGGUGAGCAGGUCUCUGAAUCUGAAUGCUACACUGUGAUAAAGUCUAACAUCAGGAUGCUGAAGAACGCUAUCGGGAUGAUGACAAUUAUUACAGUGAGAAACCAAGGCCAAAAAUAUGUGAGAUCCUUUUAAGGCUGAAUGUAUUUUUUUCAAAACGUCACAGUGAGAAGGAUUAGGAGGUACUGUAUAACUCUUGGUUUAUAUGUCACUGGCUUUCUCUUGGAUAUGACACACUAACUUCGACUGUGACAGUCCAGCAGUGCCAUUUUUGUUAGCUUAAACUCCCACUGCAUAGUGAAGAGACUGUUUUGUUACUGAAAACCAUGGCAAAAACUGCUUGUUUUCAGACACUUCACCUUAGCCAUGUAGAAAACUGCCGUUUAUAAACUGUUGGAGAACGGGAGGAACAUCACAUCUUUAUCCUUCUGAAGUCAACCUCUCCCGGCUGAUCUGUGUUAUUCUCCUCCAGCAAAUGAAAAGCCUGUGAUGGCUUGGUCUCGGCUGGGCACCUCAUACGGUCAUAUUGACCCCAUCUGCACUGUUUGACUUUGACAGAGAGUGAUGUAUGACCUGUUCACUCGGCCUGAGCAGCCCGAGCCUGUACCGGCUACAGAAAUGGAGGUCCGUGACACCGAGGCUCCUGGACAGCAGCAGGAGUUUAGGAGGUCGGAGGAGCAGGUUAAGACACAACACGGACUCUUGGACAAGGCAGUCCCAACCACGGCUAAUAUCACUUCAACAUCACUCUUAGGAAAGAGGCAUCACUCACUGUAUGCAAACCUCAAUGGCUUUGAAGUGGAAAGGGUACGUAAGAAUGGCACUGACUAUGGGUUCCUGGUUCGUCAGAACUCUGAACUCCUGCGAGCCCUUGAUGAGCUGGAAAAGACUUGCACCACACUGAGGGAGGAAAAUUGCCUGCUGCGAAAGAGCAGUGCCCCAGAGACCGAGGAGAAGGUCAGGCGGCUGAGGAGGAAGAACACAGAGCUGGCUGUUCUCGCUAAGAGGCUGGAAGAAAGAGCUCGGAAACUGCAGGAGGCAAAUCUCAAAGUGGUGAACUCCCCGUCACUGAUGAGACCCGGGUCAGUGGAACAGUACAAGAGGGCGUUUGCCCGUCAGCGAGCUCGUGACCUCGCCCAGCACGCUGAUGCACUACUGUCUAAGGACAAAGAGAUUGCUGCCCUGCAGCAGGAGUGCAGAGAGCUGGAGGCACGGCUGGGCACCACCAAGGAUUCCCCUGUUCCAUCUGGCAGAGUGGAAUUUGAGAGGCUUCUUAGAGAGUCUCAGAGGGAGGUGCUGCGGCUCCAGAGGCAAUUGUCCGUCACAUCGUCCACACAGCAACACAACCACAGUCCCGACCCCAGCGGCCUGGAGAAGUGUGAAGAAACAGAGGAGGAGGAGGUGGAGGAGAAGGUUGGAGGAGAGACCCCGUGUGUGGCAUUAGAUGAAGCUCCAUCCAGGUGUGAGAAGACUCCCGGAGAGGAGGAGGAGUUGGGGCUGCGAGUGACGCCCACACCGGGCCUCUGCCCGAACCCCUCUGGUCAGGAGGAUCACACAGAGGAGCAGCGCCUACAGUUUCUGGAAAGUGAGCUGAGCAAGAAGAGAAAAGAAUGUGAAAACCUCGAGCAUGAAGUAAAGAAGCGACAGAAGAGAUGUCUGGAUUUGGAGAGCCAGCUUGAGGAUGAGCGAGGCGAAAAUGAGCAACUAAAGGAGGAGGCAGAUCUCCUCAGGAGGAAGGCACAGCUGCUCGACCAGACUCGGGCUGAGAAUGAGGAGCUGAGGGAAGAUCUCUCUGAAGUGACUGCUCAACACAAUUCAGUUCUCGAGGAGAACCAGAGACUCCGUGCCAAACUGGAGAACCUAGAGCAGGUCCUUCAGCAUAUGCGAGAGGUCGCCGAGCGAAGGCAGCAGCUGGAAUUGGAACAUGAGCAGGCACUGGCUAUCCUUAAGUUCAAACAGGAUGAAAUCAAACGGUUACAGCGGGCUCAGUUAUUUGCCAAGAGGGAGCAUGAGGGAGUGGUACAGAUGCUGGAGGAUUUGACUCAGCUUGUGUUGCGGAGGGAGCUGUCAAAGGUGCGAGACCUGGAGGAUAAAUGUCGCAGCCAGAGCGAACAGUUCGGCUUGCUGUCCCAGGAGCUGGAGAAGUUUCGACUGCAGGCGUCGAAGGUGGAUCUGGCCGGCUCUCCCCUCCUCCACAACCCAGCCAACCUCUCUCUUCUGACCAACGGGGUGGGCCUGACGACUGAGCGAGACUGCACUGAUGGCUCAUGGGAUAUGGUGUCUCUGGGUGAAAUAGCCUUCUGGAGUCUCGAGGGAGGUGACACUCUCUCCUGCCCCGAGGGUAAUGAUCCGCUCGAUGUGGCGGCUGCACUGCGGAUGGGGGCCACCCCUCACGCCGCAGGGCUGUCCAGGGUGGAGCGCUCGCCUGUCACCAAGCAUCGAGAGCUGCCCACCAUCAGCGUCAGCAAGUCAGGCUCUUCCCACAGCAAGUCAGAGACCACACACCUCACCCCCAAGUCUGAUUCCCACCUCAGUCCGCACAAAUCAAGCCCAACACAUGAGGUGGACACUGCCAGUGAAGUAGAGGAGUUAGACAUUGACGUGGCCCCAGCACCUUACACAGCCAGCAGAGGAGCAGCAAAACUUCAGGUUUUCAUUGCAAGAUAUAGCUAUAAUCCUUAUGAUGGCCCCAAUGACAACCCUGAAGUGGAGCUACCACUUACUGCUGGAGAGUACAUCUAUGUGUAUGGAGACAUGGAUGACGAUGGCUUCUAUGAAGGCGAGCUGAUGGACGGACGAAGAGGGCUGGUCCCCUCUAACUUUGUGGAGCGUGUAUCGGACGACGACGUCAUGAGCAGUCACCAUCCAGAGACAGGGGACAUGACCCAUAACUCCCUGCUAGACAGCAGCCUGCACAGUGCCAGCCACCAGCAUCACAUCCACCUCGGCGCCAGCACCUCAGAAAGGACAGAGGCACCUGCUCCCUCUGGCCCUGGCCCUGCCUCAGCCCCCACAGAUUCAGCAUCAGCCUUGGCUGUCCCAGCCCCCCUCACCAACGGCCUGGACUUGGAUUUGGAGGAGGUGGGAGUGGACAUUGUGCCUUACCCACGUAAGCUUACCCUCAUCAAGCAGCUCGCCAAGAGCAUCAUCAUUGGCUGGGAUCCACCGCUGGUGCCGGCUGGGUGGGGCAAUGUGUGGAGCUAUAACGUGUAUGUGGACCAGGAGCUGCGGAUCAAUGUGCCCUUCGGUUCCCAGACCAAAGCAGUGCUGGAGCGGCUGGACAUAAACCUCAAGGCCUACCGUGUGUCAGUGCAGAGCCUGACAGAGAAGGGCCCGUCAGACCAGCUGCGCUGCAGCAUGCUGGUCGGUCGGGACGUUUGUGUGGCGCCCACACAGCUGCGUAUGGAGAGGAUCACCGCCACCUCUGCCAACCUGACCUGGCUGCCCAGCAACAGUAACUAUGUGCACAUUGUGUCCUUGAAUGAGGAGGAGUGUGAGCUGGUGAAGGCUGGCUGCUACUCACUGUGCCUCAAUAACCUCUUGCCCAGCCUGCACUACACCGUCAAAGUGGAGGCGCGGCCGCACCGCACACCUUGGGAGUUACCUGUGGAGCGACGUGAACACAGAAACACUACAAUCACCUUCAGCACACUGAUGGCAGGUCCACCUGAUGCUCCUCUGGACGUACAGCUGGAGCACGGCCCCUCUCCGGGGAUCGCCCUCAUCAGCUGGCUGCCAGUCACUAUAGAUGCUACCGGGACCUCCAACGGAGUCCGUGUCACUGGAUACACCAUAUAUGCUGAUAAGAAAAAGGUGCUGGAGGUGUCUUCCCCAACAGCAGGCAGUGCCCUGCUGGGGCCCUCUCAGAUCCAGUCCCUGCAGGCAGCACAGGAGCUCACUGUCCGCACAAUGUCUGCCCAUGGCGAGUCCUGUGACUCUUUGCCAGUCAAUGUGCCCUCCAAGCUGGUUGCCAUCAUGGCGGGCCCAGCUAUCACCGCCCCAGCUGUGCCACCCCCUCUGCCCUGUGCCCCUGUAGGUCCCAGUAACCUGCCCUCACCGCAGUCCUACAUGAACUCUGCUGCCAAAGUCUCUGUGCUGCCCAGCACCUUGCCAUCAGACACACACUACACUGGCCUCACAGUGGAGGCUGCUGCCAACUUUCCUACUGCUCUCCACUCAGAAGACCUUCUCUCAUCUGCCUCAUAUGUGAAGGCCUGGGCCAACCCCUCAUCUGCUGCUGCCUUAGCCGUGUGUGAGACCACAUCACCAGUCGUCCCCUCCAUCAUUCCAGUGACUCUUUCUCCUUUCCAGGUUAAUGUGACCUCCCCCACAACCUCAGCACCUCAACUAUCUCCAGUAGCAGUACCAGCACCUGCACAAGCACCAAUGACAGCAGCAGCAGCAGCAAUGUUGGAGCAGCGCAGAGACACCAACAGCCCUGGAACGAUACGUCCUUUCCCAUCCAUCACAGACUUCAUCGAGGACCCCAGUGCCAAGCUCGGCAUCCAUGAGCGCAUCCCUACCCCACCCAAAGCCCCGAUCACACACCUCCUUAACCCUCAGGACACAAACGUCCACCGACCUCUCAGCACUUCCCCACUGGAGUCAGAGGUAGAGGAGGAGCAGGAGAAUACCCGCCUGGUGUCUAUCGAAGAGUUCCUGAGACAGGACCAGGAGCCGGUGUACAGCGGGAGGCAGCAGAGUUAUGGCAGAGGGCUUGUGGAACCUCCCAGUGACUACAAUGCAGACAACAGCCGAUCAGACCUGUCCGACAUCCUGGAGGAGGAGGAGGAGGAUUUCUAUUCUGACCACCUUGGAGAAUCACAGGCACGGGGAUAUACAGUUCGCGCUAACAGGUCUUGCAAUUGGGAGCCUUCGGACAGUGAUGAGGAUGUUGUUGAGAGGAUCCUGAAGUUGCCCCCACAGGUCAACACCAGCAAGCAGCUGUUCAGCAUUCCUGAGCUGACAGAGGAAGACGACAGUAGUCAAGAGGAUCCUUUAACCCGCCGCAGUCAACCUCGGCCCAGGCCCAGCCACGUUCACCAGAGAGACUCAGAGCGCCUCCGUCAUGCCCCCCAGCAUCACCAACAUCAACCCAACCCACGCCCGAAUGUUCCCCCUAACCAUCACCACUUCAACAGGGAUCCAAGAUCCCUAACCAAAGAGCCUUUACUCAGACACGGACCCUCGCAGGUGAAGCCUAGGAUGCAGCACAGGGUGCGCUACGCAGACACAGUGGACACCAUCAGUUAUCCUGAAGAAGAAGAGAGUUUAUACGAGGGUCCGACCAGCAGGCGGGUCAGCAGAGAGAAAUCGCUGCUAAAAGGGCUAGGGGACCGCCUUAGGAGGGAGGCCAUGUUGAGGAGUCAGAGGACUGGUGCUGCAGCAGGCAACCUCAGCCAUGGCCCUCCCCCGCAAAGACCCUACCCAGUCAGCAAAACAGGACGGACUGUUAAGUCACCUGCUGGUCGUGCGGCGGAGAUUGACUUGGAGUACGGCACAGAUGAUAGUGAGGAGCCCGCGAAGUACGGUCCUGGGGAGGUGGCGAUGGAGCAGAUGAGCUCCGAGUGGUGGGUGGAAGGGGCUCAGACGGAGCACGGCAGGCCUCCUCUCCGCCGUGAGCUGAAGACUGAUCCACCUGUAAAUGUCUCUGCAGGCCAGCCACAAUGGGAGCCCGGCCAAGUCCCUCCAGCUGUGGCAGGUCCAUCGUGGGGGGGCCAGGCUGAGCCCUCCUCUAAACCAGCAUGCUUGCAGGCCAAGCAAUUGAAAGGUGGGGUCGAUUCAACAAAGGUCAAAGGAGACGGUGACAUACGCAUCUUUGUGGCCCUCUUCCCUUAUGAUCCCACCUCCAUGUCACCCAAUCCUGAUGCUGCUGAGGAGGAGCUGCCCUUCACUGAAGGACAGAUCAUCAAAGUUUACGGAGAUAAAGACGCAGACGGGUUCUACCAAGGGGAGUCCGCUGGUCGUCUGGGUUAUGUGCCGUGUAACAUGGUGUCUGAGAUCCAGGUGGAGGACGAGGAGACCCGGGAACAGCUCCUGCAGCAGGGCUUCCUGUCCACAGCCGCUUCCAUGGAGAAGAUAGGCACUCGCACACACGCACAGCUUCCACGCCGCCCUGUUCCACCACCGAAACCGAGGCGAUCCAAGAAAGUGGAGUCUGCAGCACUCUGGGAGGAGAGCGUAGACUCCUCCAGCCAAGAUCCCAGCCAGUCUGCUGCUGCUGCUGUUGCUGCAGCUGCAGGGAGCGCAGCCCCAGGAGCUCGCAGGAUGGUCGCCAUCUUUGAUUAUGACCCACGAGAGAGCUCCCCCAACACUGACAUAGAGGCUGAGCUGACCUUCAGUGCAGGAGACGUCAUACAUGUGUUUGGGGACAUGGAUGAAGAUGGCUUCUUCUACGGAGAUUUGAAUGGACACAGAGGCUUGGUCCCGUCCAACUUCCUGCAGGCUUUACCAGAAGACGGUCCAGCAGAACCUCUCUCUGCUCAGCCUGCAACAGAAUCCAAGAAAGAAUCACAGGUUACUGUGACGUCUUCUACAGAAUCACAACAUCCUGGAUGCUCAACAGCAGAGGUAUCUUUGCACGCCCAAACAGGACCUCCUCGCCCUGACCCAACGGAGCGCACCGACAUACCAGCCAAACCAGCCGCCUCUGUAGGCCUCCCGUCAGACCGGAGCCCUGCUCCUGGUCCAGCUGUUACUCCAGCUGCAGUGGAGGUCCACUGUUCUCCUCCAGCCCCGGUUCCACCAGACAGCUCAACAAAGACAGACUGCUCUGCACAAGGCAAGAAGAAGAAAGGCUUUUUCUCCAAAGGCAGGAAGCUAUUCAAAAAGCUGGGAUCCAGCAAGAAAGAAUGAGAGUCGGGACCCCUGACUCAGGAUUUGCAUCGCAUCAAAUGCACUUUUUUUCUGUCUUCUCUGUAAGUCUCAGUUGGUAGGCUGUGCGGUUAUUGGCUGUCAGUAUCAGGUCUAAUAACUGAUGCUUUAACCGCCAGUAACUGUACAUUUGCCUUCGAGCACUGCAAAACCAGCUGUUAGAUAUAGAGUACGUUCAAACAGCAACAUACAGCUUGCAGCAUCAGAGCAUGUAGAGGAGCAUGUUGAAGUGUCCAAAUAUACUCUCCAGAUACUUCCUAACUAUCUAAGCAUUGGCUUAACAGAGGCUUUAAAGGUUCUAUGUGUAAAGGUCAGAAAACCCUUGGUAUUAAUGACACAGGUAGUGAACUGCAGUCCACAUCCUGUUGCUCAAGCGCAUGCUCAAACUCCGUAGGUAGGCAUGAGACCGAACUUGGUUUACCAGCAUCAUGUUGAUAGGAAGUUACUUUCCUUUGACAUGUUUACAAACGCUUCAGAGGAUAACCCCUUGUGCUUACGUGGAGUUUGUGUUGGAGUUAUGCUGGGAGCUGCUUGAUUGCUGACAGCUAAUAUUAGCCAGCACCAACAGUGCUGUCCCAGUGUAGGGGAACAGAAGAGAGGCUUUGAGGCAACCACCCCAAAACGAGUGUUAGCGUCACAUUGCUUAGAGUUUCCCAGAAAAAUGUGGCCCAAGUCGUUUAUUUAAAAAUUGGUGCACGAGCAACCGAGAAAGUCGUGGAAUAUCUUGUAUUUUAAGUUAAGGCAGUUUGCACAUUUGCAGUAAAGAAGCGAUUAAUAUAUGUAAACUGCUUCACAUUCUUACAUAUAGUACCUUUGAUGCUUGAUAUAAAACAAUGGAUCAUAUCUAUUUAAAAUAGUCUGUUAGAAAAUAAUGCUGAACAACAGCUCCGGACACAGCUAAUUAUUUAACAUCAGCUUUAAUGCUCAUGUACUGGUGCCACUUUACAUAUUUGAAGCAAACAAAUAGAAGCUGCAGUCUAUAUGUUCUGUGUGACUAUAAAUAUGAAAAUGCACUAUCCAUCCUUAAUGGAUGUAUUCUAAAUAUGUCUGCUAGUUCCUCGUGUGUUUCUCGUCUUUAGUAGUAUUUAUACUUUGUACAGAACAUGUUAUUUAUUUGUACACUCUAGCCCUGGUCAUCACGACGUUGCAUGAAGUGACAUUGGGGCAGAAGGUUUAGUCAUAGAAAGCUGUCAGAGACGGUGAUGAUCCACUUUCAUGCUUUUGUAGUUUGGAUCUAAUUUAUUUGGGGUCGUGACUGUCAGAGUGGAACGAGCUGUUAGAUGUAAAGAAUGUGGAGGAUUGCACUUCGUGUGUGUGUGUGUGUGUGUGUGUGUGUGUGUGUGUGUGUGUGUGUGUGUGUGUGUGUGUGUGUGUGUGUGUGUGUGUGUGUGUGUGUGUGUGUGUGUGUGUGUGUGUGUGUGUGUGAGAAGCUGCCCAGUCCACUGGUGAUGAGACUGAAAACACAUGCCUUUCUCAAAAAUGUAUACAGGAACUCUUGAUGUUUUUGACCACAGUCAUAAUUGGCUUAAAUGUUGCAUAUUACACGUAUGUGUGUGUGAGAGAGACAAAGAGAGACCUGCAGUGUUUGUAAAAUGAUGUAGUAUCAGAUGAUGAGUAGCUUAAAGGCCACUAAUUAAUAUAAUAAAACCAUAGCCUCUCUUAAUUAAUAACUUAAUUUAUUCAGUCUGUAAAACAUGCCCAUCCCAGUUUCCACCUCGUGGUGACAUUAUCAUUUUGUCUUCAAAACCCAAAGAUAUUCACUUCACUAUCAUUUCAUUUGAAUUCAUAAAUUCUCAUAUUUGAGAACCAUAAAAUAUUUGACAUUUUCAUAUUAAAACAAUUUGCAGCAGCCUGAUGCUACAGUGAGCAGUUAACAGCUCCACAUACAGUCUGUCAGCCUUUGGGAUUCCCUGUGGUUUGAAUGCAGUAACGGAUCUCUGCAUGUAAAACCAGCUAACACUAACAACACUGUAUUUUGUGUACAUGUCACACAUACGUGAAUGCAAAGUGAAUAUCGUGGGUCAAACUUCACCAAAGUUAAACUCCAUGUGAAGCCGCGCUGCGAUUUGCUAUACAUCUGAAAGCAAAUGGUUUAUUCGCUCCCUCGCUUGCUCAGACAGGAAGUGAAAGGGAGGCGAAAGUUCACACAUGUGAGAGCGGGCUGUUAAACUGAACAGCUUUCAGUCAGGUGGUCUGUGGCUCCACUGGGCUGUGAGGGACUCUGCUAUUCUUUGGCCUCCAUGUCAGGAGGGAAAUUGCAGUGUGUGAAUAUUGGGUUAAGGCUAAACAGUGUUAAAACAUCUUCAUCAGCCCAAGCAGUUUUUUUUUGUGUUCACACACUAACGUCAUAACACUUUGACACUUAAAGCUAAGUAAAACCAUUUUGGCAAUAUAGCGUAUUGUGACCUGCAAUACUGGAACAAAAACAGAAGCGUGUCGUGUCUGUUGACGCUUUAGAUGAAGAUGUAGAGGUUGUGCUGUGAAUGUGUGGACCAGGCCUUAGUUUUCAGUUACAACACGUGCAGUGGUUAUUCACUCUGUCUGAUUGGAUCUCUCUGGAUCUGUGUGGCGGAAUCGCUGUUGGGGUCACGUCUCAGGUUUUAAAUCGUAGUCGUUCACGCUGAGCCACCUGUGGACUCUGGCUGUUGAAAAGCUGCACAAUUAUGCCAAACUCUUUGGUGCUUUGCCUGUUAGCGCAGCAUCCAGCAGAGUGGGGGAGAGGAGCGUGUCGCUGAAGUUCCCCCACAUGGGCAGACAGAGUCAUAACAUACUUUUUUCGUUAAUGUCAUGAAUGUUUUGAAUCGUUUGUCAGUGUUACAUAAAGGGAGCACGAUGGCAGAGAGAGUAAAAUUGAGGGCAGGUUGACAAAGACACUUUAGCAUAGAGCCGAGACUGAGGCUGUACAGUGUUUUGUCUGUUUCAUGUUUUUCUUAAAGGGGAGUGGAUGCUCAAAAGUUGCCGAAAUGUACAGUGAAUAUUUGUACUGAUCUCGUAUUUGACGGCCUUUAAUGCACAAGUAUUCCUCGACCUGCUGUGUAGCGAGUAGGCGGCUCCGCUGGGUAGUAGGACCUCGACCCGUGUAGGUAUCAUUUUAGCUCUGCUGAUCAUAUUUAGCCUUACGAGACGACCUUGUUUAGUCUUAAUCUGUUGUUUACAGGAUGUUUAUUGACUGCAUGCAGAACAAUGUUAUACCCAUGUUUGGCCUUAUUUACGUUCUCGUCACGUUUCUGUUUUUCUAGGCUGACUCGUCUACAAUAUAUGUAGAUGGCCGCAGUAGUGGGAGAGAAGCUGUAGGAGCUUUGUGUAUAUAAUGAACAGUGUUGGGGCUUGUGCUAUAUUUUCAUGCAGUGCGGGAAACUUUUUUUUCUUUUUCUCUUUUUUUUUUCUUCGUCUUUCCUGAUCUGCAUUCACUGUUUGAAACCAGUGGAAGAUGAACAUUUUUAUAUAUGUCACUGUUUUUAUCAAUAUCCUUCUGAAAGCUCAUGUGUAAAUAUUUUUGUUAAUCUUGUUUUUUCAGUUGCUGUUUUGUUUUUGCAUGUCCAGGCAGUGUCGCCGGAGGAACAUGAACUAAAGAUGUAGAACACAGAGGACUCGUUGACUUGAAAAUGUGAUGGUUUCUUUCCAUAUGGAUCUUUUUACAGGAAUAAAGUAUGUUUAUUUUCACAGAAAA